AUGUGUUAUAUAAAUGGGAGUGUCCAUUGGAUGAUUGGUUUGAAAAAUUCAUCUUCCUCCGAAUUCAUUCUUUCUCUAGAUCUUGAACUUGAAAAAUUCAAAGUAGUUGCACGCCCAAAGGAUUGGGCAAAAGAUGAAAGUUAUGAUGAUAUGAUGAGCAUGCGUCUCAAGGAGUUGGGAGGCAAGCUAUGCGUUGCAGUUAAAGUCGUUUGUAGACAAUUAUGGGAGAUAUGGGUUCUUAAGGACGACACUAACUCUAUUUGGAGUAAGGAGUAUCAAAUUGAUCUAGAGAUCAUUGCAGUUUAUUCUGGUAUUCGUUAUUUUCCUAUAGUUGCUUUCUGGAGGGGAAAGCUUUUUCUUGAAAGUACUUGUAGUCUAAUGUUGUGUUAUUAUGAUCCAAUAACCAAUUUCUAUGAAGAUGUUGUCAAACUUAAAGUGUUUCAGGGGUAUGUGGAAUUGAGCAUAAAUGUUGAAAGUCUUGUUACACCAUUUUGA